ACCUGGUCCUGCAAGUCGCUUUGUGCAUGUCUUAUCCCGCAAGUCCGGCCAGCUUCACUGGUGUCCUGUCCCUCUCCUGUCCCCACCCCAGCGCCUGGAUCAGAUCCGACCCUGCGUGACCCGCCGAUUCCGAGUGGGCAGAGUCCGGAUCCAAAGGUUAAAGGGCACUAAGACGGUGAGAGGCGGGAACUCCGGCGGGCGGGGAAAAACCGCGCCGUCGGGAUCCGGAGGCGCGCCAGGGUCAGGUCUCGGCGCAAGUCACGAGCGGCCACCCGCACCCUUCUCCCAACUAACUCCCGGGACCAGCAGAAACGCGAAACCGGCUCCGGAAGUUUGUCCCUCUAGAGCCGCCGUCCCGGCCCCCGCCCGCUCGAGUCACGUGACCGCCGAGCACUUGCGGCCUGCUUGGAGGACGGACGCUCGGUUCUGCGGGGUCUUGGGCUGGAGCGGCCGGCGGAGGGCGGCGGGAUGGAGUCGACCUUGGAGCAGCACUUGGAGGACACAAUGAAGAAUCCCUCCAUUGUCGGUGUCCUGUGCACAGACUCACAAGGGCUGAACCUGGGCUGCCGUGGGACCCUGUCAGACGAACAUGCUGGAGUAAUCUCUGUUCUAGCUCAGCAGGCAGCUAAGCUAACCUCGGACCCCACUGAUAUUCCUGUGGUGUGUCUGGAAUCUGAUAAUGGGAACAUCAUGAUCCAGAAGCACGAUGGUAUCACUGUGGCCCUGCACAAAAUGGCCUCUUGACACCUCCCGUCUGUCUCCAGCCACCUGGCCGAAGGAUGGGGGCUUCCCUGUGGAAGAGCCGAUCGUGUUCUGAGACCACAGGGCCAGUUCACUUUGUACAUAGAACUUUGUUAUGUUCAAUAAAUCUUAUUGGAGGAAAGCUUG